AUGUCGAAGGAGCACAUGCGCACACCUGCAAACUGCCUGGAAGAAGUCGACUUGGUGGCCGUACUGACGGACGCGUCGAACAAAUAUCAGCGAAUCAGAAUCCACCAUGAAAUAAUCAAACUACUUGAGACACACCCUGACCUGCCGACCAUACUAAUCUUGAACAAAAUUGACCAAAUUCGACACAAAGUGAAACUGCUGCACUACUCAGCCAUGCUCACAAAUGACAGACAGAAGGAUAAAUGGGGUUAUUUACCACACGGAGGGUCGAGUAGGUUCGAUUAUGUAUUGAUGGUAUCUGCUUUGACUGGAGAUGGUGUUGAUCAGUUGCGGCAAUAUAUGGUUGCCAAGGCAAUGCCAGGAGAGUGGCCAUAUUCGGCUGGUGUGACGACAGACUUAGAUAUUCAAGAACAAAUUGCCGAGGUGUUUCGAGGGAAAUUAUUGAGUUUGUACAAACAUGAGAUUCCUUGGCAAACUAAGCAG